AUGAAAUGGAAAUUUCUUUCACGAAAGCGGAAAGCCAAAAGACCUGUUAACCCGAUCUGUCCACAAAUCACACAAAGUGGUAUGAAUACCAACAUGUUUUCACUUAAACCACAUUAUCAACAUAAAUGUACCAGUUGCCUAAAAAUUCAAGGCAAGAUGAAUACUUCAAUUACCCUGAUUGAGUCGAACAAUGAACAAGCAAAAGGCGAACUAUCAAAUGCUUUCGACAUUCGAUAUGAAGUAGCGUCUGAUGUUGAGAUUACCACCACGCAGCUAUGUUAUUUGAGUUACGGAUUAUUUUAUGAAUGUUGUGGGAAAGCUACGGCUUUCUUUACCCUUUUUGUGGAAAGUUUUCAAGCAUUUUCUGUACAUUUCCUUCAGCAAAAUUCUAUCCUGUUGUUCAAAUAUUUAACCAAGGAAAGCAACAGAGGAAGGGAAAAAGGACGAAAGGGCUUUGGAAAAAACAAUAUCCCAGAAAGACUCUGA